AUGAGUUCUUAUCCAUCUUCACAACAGACAGAAAGCUGUUGCCUCUGUCAGGCAAGCAUGAAGUCAGUUGCUGUAACUUUUUGUGUCCUCUGCUUUCAGUUUGAAGCCCUGUAUGGAACUGAUAGCUGCUCACUGAGACCAUGCAAAAAUACAGAUCGGCUUCACAUCACUGACUCCCAGGUGAUGGUGGAGUUGGAAAACGGAAAUUUCAAGUUCACAUUCCCCAACCCCCAAAAUGUGAGUGAGUUCAGCAUGACCCUCUUCAAAGGGCAUGAAAAGAAAGGGAUCUGUGCACUCCAUCUGAGCAAGGAGAAAGUCGUUCCCGAGAGUAAUGUCACCUACUGUCAAACAGAGUAUUCAAAUAGCAGCACCACUUUCAUUCUUAAAAACCUGGAAAAACAGCAUAUCGACACUUACACCUACUGCCUGGAGAUGUUCUUACCCCCUCCCUAUAUAGAUUGCCGGCUGAAAGAAACCUAUUUGUAUAUCCAAGAUAAGAAAGACUGCAUUUCAAUGGGAGUCAUGUCAUGGAUAAUUAUGGGCCUGGUCAUGUUUGCCAUGAUUUCCUUUGUCUGCUGUGUUGUAGCUUGUUGCUUAAGGAACAAGGAUCAGCAGUGUGAAUCCAACUCCCAUGAGUACAACAGUGAAUACAUGCCCAUGGCAGCAGUGAAUGCAGCUAAAAAACCAAGAAUCUGAGGUAUGGGUUGCUUGAGGCACGGAAGAUCUGGCAGCAGAGGUUUCCAGCUGCUUGAACCUGGACAGUGGAAAUCAUCAGUUCCUCACCUUUCCCAGCCUGAGUUCUCAUGAUGGUCCUGUGCUCUGUCAUGUCAGACAUAGAACAGACUGUAGUGCUGUUCUGACCUGUGUUUUGCUCUAGCCUUGUGUGUUAACUUGCACACUGCCUAAUCCACUGACUGGUACAUGAAAUAUUUACAAUGUGUUAAAAAUAUCAGCUGGUUUUCUUGAGAGUGUAUUCCUGUAGUGCUAGUAAAGAGGGAACUUUUAUUUUCUGAAGUCUCCUUUAUGAUAAACU